CGUUCCGUGCGACGCCUGCGCGCACGGCGUCGCGCGCCUGUACUGCGCCGCGGACGACGCGAAAUUGUGCCUGCGAUGCGAUCGAACGGUGCACAACGCGAAUAAAUUCGCGGAAAAACACUCGAGGCGUUGGUUGUGCGAGAUGUGCGCGCACGCGUGCGCAGAGGUUAUGCGCGAAAACGAAGACGGCGUCACGGGGACGACGACGUGCGAGGCGUGCGAUCGAGCGCACGGUUCGGGACGCGCGGUGGCGCUCAGAGCGUUUCACGAAUGUGCGAUGUCGGAUGAGGCGUAUCGCGCGGUCGGGAAAGGGAUGAAGCAGACGCGGCGGGGGAGGCCGUCGAAUAAGAGCAAGUCGGAGGUUCAAGCGCUCGACGCCGAGGUGUCUGAUGAAACGUUUUGGAGCCUGGUGAAAAAGUCGCAAAUUCGUCCGAGCGAAGAGCCCUCGUUCGAUCGAGUGGACCUUUUUAGCGGCGACGACGGUCGGGGUCAAAUGACGAGCGAUGAUAAGGACGAUGAAGCGUUCAUCGACGGUUUGAUUCGCAUGCCGUCGUUUACGAUGCUCGACGCGGAGAUGAACGUGCGAGUGGACGGUUCGGCGGCGAAUUUCGGGACGCCGUCGCCCGCAGAAAGCUCGGGCGCACCGGUGCGACAGGCGUAUAACAGUAUUUUCGAAUCGAGUCAGGCUACGGGGCAAAUGUCGCGCGCCCGUGCGACGUCUCAAUCGGACAGCGCCGCCGACGGCAUCGAUUCCAUGUUCAUGCCGGGGGGCGUGAGAUCGAGCAACGAGCACGUAGAAGAGCUUUUGGCGCCGCGAGUGGAUGGCGAAAGAAACAUGUUCUACGACAUCGACGCCGCGGGACAGUGGCGAAUGAAGAAACCUAAGAAGAGUGGGCGUCCCAAGAAGAUGUCCGCCGCCCGCAACGCGCGCAAACCCGCGGCGACGAAUUCGUCGGCGGCGUACGCCGCGAACGCGCCAGAUCAUUCUGCCAAACUCCCGGGCGGUGCAUCUCGUCAACAAGUGCUCGAUCGGUACCACGAGAAGCGUAAGGCUCGCACAUACGGUAAAACAAUCCACUACGAGGCGAGAAAAGUCCGCGCCGAAACGCGCGUUCGAGUCGGUGGUCGAUUCGCCAAAGCGGAAGACAGAUCUUGCGACGUCUCAAUCAAGGGUGCCGUACCCGCGUGA